CAUGCAGGAGAACUACGAGAAUGUGACCUCGCUGGGGUCUCCAGUUUCCAGACCUGAGGUGAUGUCCCAGCUUGAACAAAGAGAAGAGCUGUGGGACUCACAUCUUCAGGGCUUGGAGGAAAGAGAGCUCCUGAGAGGAAUUUGCACAGGAGAUGGAGGGAUGGUGAGUGAGAACAAGGAGCAGAAUCCAGAGCAGGAAGAUGCUGAGCACGUGGAACUAUGCGGGGGAUUAUCACAAAGAACUCAAGGAAACAUGUCCUGGAGUCGUGAGGAGAGGCAGCCAAAGGAGGAAGUGGGUAAAUCCAUCAGUUGUGAGGAAAAUCACAAGGACUUCAAGGAAACCACUGCCCAGCAGAGAAUCCUGAUGGGAGCGAGAAAAAACGUGUGUCCUGAGUGCGGGAAAACCUUCCCCCGGCGCUCGCACGUUAUUGAACACCGGAGAAUCCACACCGGAGAGCGCCCCUAUGAGUGCUGCGAAUGCGGGAAAACCUUCAGUCGUCACUCCCACCUAAUCAGACAUCAGCGGAUCCACACGGGCGAGAGACCCUUCCGCUGCUGCGAAUGUGGGAAAACCUUCACGCGACACUCAACCCUCAUCAAACAUCAGAGAAUCCACAGGAGCGCGCCCCCCUAUGAAUGCCGCGAGUGCGGGAAAACCUUCCCGCGGCGUUCACACGUUGUGGAACACCGGAGGAUCCACACGGGAGAGAGACCCUACGAGUGCUCCGAGUGCGGGAAAACCUUCAAUCGUCACUCGCACCUAAUCAGACAUCAGAGAAUGCACACGGGCGCAAGCCCCUAUGGGUGCUGUGAGUGCGGGAAAACCUUCACGCGACGUUCAACCCUUAUCAGACACCAGAGGAGCCACAGGGGGGUGCCCCCCUAUGAAUGCUGUCAGUGUGGGGAAACCUUCACUCAAUGCUCAGAGUUUAUUAUACAUCAGAGAAUCCACGCGGGAGAGAACCCUCCGAGUGUGGGAAAACCUUUGCUGGACAGUCACAUCACAGAACCCACACAGGCGCCAGCCCCCAGGAAUGCAGAUCGAUCAGCCCUUAUUAAUCAUCAGCGAAUCUAACAACGAGAGAGACCCUAUGAAUGUUGUGGGUGUGGGAAAACCUUCAUUUUUCACUCAGACCUUGGGAGACAUCUAAGAUCCACAUGGGAUAGACACCGUAGACCAGUGGUCACCAACCUGUAGAUUGCGUGGCUCCGGGGUGGGGAAGGGGUCUCCGUGCCCUGCUCCUGCUUGCAAGAUCCCACUGGCCAUGAACAGGGAACUGUGGCCAAUGGGAGCUUUGGGGGUAGUGCUUGCAGAAAGGGGCAGCAUGCAGAGCCACGUGCCCCCCGUACCCCCCCAGGGGCCACAGAGGUGCGUUGGCCCCUUCUGGAAGGGGCCAGGGCAGGCAGGGAGCCUGCCUUAGCCUCCCUGUGCUGUCAUCCUCAGUAAGUGCUGCCCAGUGGGAGGCUGCACCCCAGCCCCGUCCCAGAGCCAGCACCCCAUACCCCCUCCUACAUCCCAAACCCCUGCCCCAGCCCUGAGCCCCCUCC